AUGGUAGAAACCGAAUUCAUCAGCACAAUCGCCGGCAUUGCUAGUGCCGGCACUAAGUUGGCCGUGACACUUUACACCUUCUCCGAGACCAUCUCCACCGAUCACAGGUACAUCAAAAGCGUCGCUCAGGAUGUCUCUCUUGUUUCAUCUUUACUUACAGCGCUCGACGAAGAUCUAAAGCAAGACGACCAAGCAAACCCGUACUCGAAUUCGACUCUGUCCACCGCCAAGGAAACCGUGAAGGAGUGUGAGGAUGUCUUUAACGAAAUUCGGGUGGUGCUCGAAGACGCGGCAGAGCUUGCCUUGCAACGAUCUACGAAAGAGAAGUUGACUUUGUCACCUCUUGAGAAAUCGAAAUGGGCCUUCUCUCAACCCAAGAUGGUAGUUUUGAUGGCGAACCUUCAGAAGUUGAAGAGCACUCUCGUGCUAGUACAGAAUGCUUUGGGCUAUGCUGGAAAUCUCGAUGCAGAACGUCAAAAUGAGGAGACGCAUAUCGCCGAACGUCAAAAGUCUCUACUCGAAAUAUUUGUUCGCGCCAACCAGGAAGCAACAAAGAAGUAUGAAGCUGUACUCCAGGCUGCCGAACAGUCAGAGGGUGGCAUCCAAGCGUUGACGACCGGAAGCACGACCGCUGCCGCAAAUCUGUCAUCUCUCAUCAAAGGCCCGGCUCUGAAUGGUCCAGUGUCAGAUCACACUAGCGAAGCAGAAUCGACAGUCCAAGAAUGUCUUGAUCGCAUCGAGAAUGCACUGGGGAGAAUCGCCCAAUCGACUCCAACGGCUAUAUCCGACUCGAGUACAGUGGCGGUGAUGAUCGAGCUUGAGAAAGAGGUCAGCCGCACUCAUCCAUCUCAGCAACAACGCGGCAAACCCAGAAUCACCCUAUCAGUUGUCCAGAAGCAGGGACCCAAAGCCAAACUCCAGGAAGCAGCAGCAAUUGCUCGGCGCAACAGUGUCGGUAGGUCUGCACAGGGUCUGGGCAGGAGUGGCAGUAAAAGGAAUCAGUCGAUAAGUUCAACAUGGUACUCAACGGCUUGGAACUCGCUCCCCACCUUCUCCGAGACUGUGAAUUUCCUACAAGAGGCCCGCAACGACACAAGCUCUUUCUUCGGCGUCGAAGCCGUCACCGAAGACGUCCAGUCGGUCUACGAGCCGUACAAACGCGACAUAUACGACCACGACGACGGCAACUACGAACUACCACGGUUCAACCGACCCGUGAACGCCACGUCACCGGAGUCACCCACGGUCGACUACUUCGGGCAGGCAUCGGCAUCUCGACCCGCAUCAGAUCUCGUCCCCGAACCGUACGCGCCGCCCAGAGCACGCCUCGCCUCCCGGUCACGCAGUCCACCCUACGAAGGGAAAGGCAAGCAACGCGCCGACGGCCACCGAUUAGAAGCCGAGGUCAAAGCGACCGAGGACCAAAGUCUGCUCGCGGGGGACGCCGACGACACGAAGGCCACAUCCGACACCACCGACCGGAAAUGGAACAAGGACGAGGACCAGCGGCUGAAGACUAUUCUCGACUCGAGCAUUAGUGCUGCCAUCACCGAGGGUGAGAAGGGAGGCGAAGCGACCGCUGAUCCCAAGGGGAAGGGAAAAGCGUCCGGGAGCGAGUCGUCCGAUAAGGAGUGGACGGCCGUUUGA